AUGACCACACAGAGUGGUGCCGCUGGCACGGCGCCCAAAGCGGCCGCCCUGCUCAACCACACGCAGCACCCCUACUGGUCGCUGGCCGUGGUGUUUGGCGCCUGGAAGGCGUGUCUGCUGGCCAUUGCUGUCCUUGCCGCGUCGGCUGGGCCGGCCUACGACACAUCGGGCGACCUGCUCCAAGUCAUCGCCAGCAGCAACGGCACGACGCCGUACGCCUCUUCAACAGGCGGGUAUGCCAUCCCGUCCGGCGGCAUCGUGUCCCGGCUGACCAGCUGGGACGCCAUCUACUACGUCGAGGCGGCGCGUCGCGGGCACGUGUACGAGCAGGAGUGGGCGUUUGGCGCCGGCCUGCCCCUGGUCGUGUCCUGUGUCCGGGAUGCCCUUGCCCGUGUCGGCGUGGAUGCAACUGUGGCCGUCGUCGCCGUCGCGUACGUGCACAUCGCCCACCUGCUCGCCGUGUUCGCCCUGUACCGUCUCGGCUGCCAGCUCUGGGAGGGCGCCGCCGGCCGCACCACGGCCUUUGUCGCCGCGUGUCUGCACGUGCUGUCGCCGGCGGGCCUGUUUCUGUCGGCGCCCUAUGCCGAGAGCAGCUGUGCCCUGUUCUCGUUUGUCGGGUAUGCGGCCUUUGCUGCAGGCCGCACGCAGGGCCUGUCCGUGAAGGGCGAUGCCCUGCGUCUGCUGGCCGGCGCGGCCUUUGGCGUGGCCACGCUGUUCCGCAGCAACGGCCUGCUCAACGGAGUCGUGUUUGCCUACGAGGCCGUGCACGGCGCCAUCACGUUCCUGCAGCAGCCCAGCCCACGGCUUCUCCGCCGGCUCGUGAGCAUUGGUCUGGGCGGCCUGGCCGUGGCGGCAGGGUCGGUCGUGCCGCAGGCCGUGGCCUAUUUCGAGUUCUGCAUCGAGCCGUCGGGCGUGCCGGGCGAAGACCGCCGGCCAUGGUGUGUACAGCGUCUGCCCAGCAUCUACAACUUUGUGCAGGACCACUACUGGGGCUCUGGUCGGCUGUUCAACUACUGGACACUGUCAAACCUGCCGCUGUUCUUGCUCGCAACGCCGAUGCUAUUGAUCAUGACACGCUCGGGUCUUGAUCUGUGGCAGGCCGCGAGCAAAACGAAGAACGACGCCAACAAGAAGCAGGAGCACGAAGGCACACUCGCCCCUCGUAUUGCCCCGCUCCUCCAGUCCAUGGCCGCAUCCCAGCUGCUGCUUGCAUUCAUGGCGUUUACCAGCUACCACGUCCAGAUCGUGUCGCGGCUGUCGACGGCGUACCCGGUGUGGUAUUGGUGGCUGGCGCAGGGCCUCAGUGGCGGUCCGCGGUCCAGGCUGGCCGGCAGACUUGUCGUUUUCAUCGUCAUGUAUGCAUCGAUACAGGGCAUGUUGUUUGCGUCGUUCCUGCCGCCAGCAUAG